AUGGCGAAAGGAUCCAUUCUUCCUAUCCUGACCCUGGCCGUCGCCGGAGUGCUGGCCUUUGCAGCUACCACGUACACUGCAUUCCUGCUCUCGCCGGACAACAAGCUUCGUGCUCUUGCGCAGUCGUGCAAUCUUCCGUCGCGCCAAAAGCUGCCCACCGACUUCACCAAUGGCGCACUGCCCCUGCUCGACAACACGCUCUGCACCACAAUGGGCUUCUUCAAGGCCAACACGGCCAAGCGUCUCAACGUCGGCCUAUUCUCCAUCAUGAUCGCCUUCACGCUCCCUCUUUCCUACCGCCUCUCCUUCCAGGCGGCCUCGCCCAACCGCAAGUCCUUGCUCAACUCGGGCGUCUUCCUUGUGCCUCUCAACAUCAUCGGCGCAGCUGCCGGCGUCGGCCCAUGGUCGUGCCUUUUCUACACAUUUGUGUACCUUCCUGCAGCCUACAGCUCCAUGAAGGCCUCCAAGGCCUCGGUGCUCCCCGUGCCAACGCCCUCGUCAAACAUCUACAUUGCCAACUUGGUGCACGUCCUCUUUGGUACCACCGUGGCUCUUGCCGUCUUUGCCGAUCCCGAGGGCGCUCUGUGGCACCAUGCUGCGCUCGCUAUUCAGUUUGCCGGCCUCUCCUACCUGCCGAUCGCCUGGCUCAGCUUGCGCACACCCAAGGUCAACGACGAAGUCGAAUCCCGCAGCGUCAUUCGCCGCUUCGAUGCCGAGGGUGUCAGCUACGCCUUCGAGCGUACCUGGUCGUACUAUCGCAAGAUGGCCGCCUUCUCGGCCUUCAUCUACUGGUACGGUCUCAACCGCAUCAUCCGCGGUGUCUGGGUCAACGGCGAGAGGCUCGAUGCAUUCUCGUACUUCUGGUUCGGUGAUGUCGGCGGCGUAGCACUGGCACUCAUCCUGCUCGUGGCAGCCGAGAAGACAACGUUCAGGAACAAGGACGCUAUCCACCCCGUCAGCGGAGAGCCCAGGUCGCCUCUGGAUAUCGAGUGCGACAAGGCCAUCGCCAAGGCGCCCGCUGGCUCGCCGUGGCUGGAAAAGACUACCACUGGCUUUAUUGUUGCAUCGCUCGUCGGAGGCCCAGGUUUUGCUGCGAGUAUGUGGUGGUGCAGCGGCGAGGAAGAGCUGGGCUGGAAGGCACGCAAGUCUUGGAGGGAAACCGUGGCCGUCGACGGCAAAAAGGCAAAGUAA